UAUAUCAAAAACAUAUAACAUCCUCCAUAUAUGAAAUCAUAUUAUGCUCUCCAAUUGUAGAAGCUUCAGAUUUGUCCACCGCAGCGCUGAGGAGCUGGGGGUGUGGGCAGAAAAAAUUUCACCUGUUCGCUCCACCACCAACAAAUUGCAAAAGGUGGUUGUCCCCUUGAAUUGACCGAUUGAUUGGGAUUCGACCAUCCGCUGAAGUACAAUUGACUCUCCCUCAUCAUGUCAACCAAGCUUAACAUCCUCGUUCCUGUCAAAAGGGUGAUCGACUUUGCCCUUAAACCAAGAAUCAACAAAGCCGGAACGGGUAUUGAGAAAACAGGUGUCAAGUUCAGUAUCAACCCAUUCUGCGAUAUUGCUGUCGAAGAGGCUGUCCGUAUCAAGGAGGCACACAAGUCAUUGGUUAACAAGAUCCACGUUGUUUCCAUUGGACCAACAAAGGCCCAGGAUGUUCUACGUCAGUCUUUGGCAAAAGGUGCGGAUUCCUCAACGCAUAUUGACUCUGGUGAACAAGAGGUUGAGCCUCUAAACGUUGCAAAGAUCUUGAAACAGGUUGCCGAGAAGAACGAGUCGAACUUGAUCAUCUUGGGUAAGCAGUCCAUCGACGACGAUUCCAACAACACUGGCCAAAUGCUCGCAGGUUUGCUGAACUGGCCACAGGCUACAAAUGCGGCCAAGGUGGAGAUCAAAGACGAUGAGGUCUACGUAACAAGAGAGAUUGACGGUGGUGAGGAGACGGUCAAGUCCAAAUUGCCCCUGAUCAUAACGACAGAUUUGAGAUUGAACGAGCCUCGUUUCGCCUCGUUGCCAAACAUGAUGAAGGCGAAGAAGAAACCAUUGGAGAAGCUCAAACUGAAGGACUUUGACGUAGACCUCUCAGCCAGAUUGGAGGUUCUGAAGGUGGAGGAGCCUGCUGCACGUGAAGCUGGUAUCAAGGUUGGCUCUGUCGAUGAGCUCGUGGCCAAACUGAAAGACCUGAAGGCCAUUUAAUGGCCUCCCAGUGACCAAACUCGGAAACGGCACAGUGUAUAUGUGAAUAUGAAAGCAAAAGAUCAAGGUUGAAGCCUCGCACAGGUAGAU